AUGGCCUACUCUGAGAAUAGCACUAAGCAGCUCCGGGCUCCAAGCCUUUUCAUUUCUCAUGGUACUGGGCCAAUGCCUCUCUUGAAUCCUGAUCAUGAGUCAUACAGACAGCUUCUUCGCGGUCACGGCAAAUUACUUGAUGGUGUCAAGGCCAUUGUCCUAGUGUCGGCGCACUGGGAAACCGAUGAACCACAUAUUACAUCAGCCAGUGAUCCAGGAUUGUUCUACGACUAUGAGGACAAGAGGGACAUUCUCCCUCGCGAGGCUUUUGAAUUCAAAUAUCCAGCCAGGGAGUCGACAGAGAAGAAUGUCAAAUUGGGUGAGGCCUUGGCAGGCUUCCGUGAGAGAGGUUAUGCCAUUUGCGGAAGCGGGGGCUCUUACCAUGACUUCCACGCCAUUGCUAAAGCCGUUUUCGAGAAUCAGCAAAUUCCUCAGAGCGCAGGGGCAUUUGAGAAGUUUCUGGAAGCCUCUGCAACCGUUUCGGACGCUACAGAGAGAAGAAACCUACUGCUAGGCUGGCGAGAUUUGCCGGAGAGUUUUGUAGCUCACAAGGAAGGAGAAUCGGACCAUUUCAUGCCUUUUCUAGUUGCAGCUGCGAGUGGAGGAGACCAGAGCGGCGAGCGAUACGAUAUGUAUAAUUACAAAGGUGCUCCAAUGAGUUUUUACAGGUGGUGA